AGAUGGCGACACCCUGUAAAAUAGAGAUGGGCAAAACUUUAAAAAUUCAGGCUUUUUCGAUAUUCCCUAAUAAUAAUAAUAUCGAUAUUUUGCUCAUCCUUAGUGUCAAGUGACAGCAAUUCUAACCUCACUUUUUUAAAAUUAGAAUUUAUUUUUAAAAACCAGAAAAUAAUUUUUACUUUAUCGUUUGAUUCUUGAUACUUCGUUGUGUGAUACAAGAAUGGUUCGAAUACAAGUAUUUUCUUCAUUUAUCACUCAACUACAGAUAAAUAGACCGAUGUGUACUACGGCUAUACCAAAACCAGCAAAGAAGCAACUAAUAAUAAGUUGCAAACGAAAAUCGUUCGAUCACUAUAGUACUACGGUAUAUAAUAAAUUAGAUUCAAUUCCGUUGGCAUCUAAAGGCUGGACGCAUUCGAAAGCAAAAGGGGACUUUUUUGUGGUAAACCCUGUUGAAAACUCAUUUGAAGAAUUGCAGUUUUCUUUUCAAGAAUUGAAUGUUGAUAAUCGUUUCAUGGACACCUUGAAAAGUGAGGGCAUAACAAAAGCUACAGAUUUCCAAAGAAGAGCUAUAGAAACGGUUGGGACAGGUUCUCAUGUGAUGUUGGCAGCAGAAACAGGAUGUGGCAAAACACUAUCCUAUCUCCUCCCUAUUAUCCAGAAGGUAGCAGAAAAUAAAUCGUCUGGAAUGAACGCGCCCAGAGCGAUAGUUGUGGUGCCAAACCGUGAACUAGCUUAUCAAAUUGGGGAGAUGGCAGAAACUCUUGGGCAAUGCCUUGAUGUCAAAGUAAAGAUUAUUGUAGGCGGUAGAACCAAACAGCUAAUGAUGUUUCCACAUUUUGAAGAGGUUGAUCUGCUUGUAGCUACACCCGGUGUUUUGAGCAAGUUGUCCACAGUGGGAGUGUACAAAUUAGGCGAGGUAGCUCACACAAUCCUAGACGAGGCAGAUACCCUGAUGGAUGAUAGUUUCCUGGAAAAGCUCACCACCUUGAUCAACAGAGUGCCACAAUCGCAAAUAAUACUCGUAACAGCUACGCUGCCCAGAAAACUACCGGAUAUACUGAAACCUUUCGAACCCACCUUAAAAUACGUUAUUUCACCGAAGAUCCACAAGCCAUUGUUGAAUAUCCAUCAAAAAUUCUUACGAUUAACGCACUCUGCAAAACCUGGAUAUUUGCUGCAAAUAGCAAAAGCAAACAAAAGUCCGAUGCUCAUAUUCAGCAACAAAAAUGAAACUUGCAAUUGGGUAUCGUUGUUUCUGUCGGAAAACGGCGUAGAUUGUGCUAAUAUAAACGGAGACAUGAACUAUGCGCUGAGGAUAGACCAGUGGAAUAAGUUCGCCAGCGGUAAAGCAAACAUUUUGUCAGCUACGGAUGUGGGCAGCAGAGGAUUAAAUACGAUACAAGUGAGGCAGGUGUUGAACUAUGACUUCCCUCUCUUUGCCGCUGAUUAUAUUCACAGGAUAGGGAGAGUCGGCAGAUUCGGUAGUCCUGACGCGUGCAGAGUGACAAAUUUUCUUACGAGGCAUACAGAAAUUCAAUUGCUGCAGCAAAUAGAGCUUGCAAUAAGAAGAAAUGAACCUAUUGAAAACGUAGACGGUAACAUAACGAAGAUAGUGCAGACGAAGAUAGCAAAAAAGAUGCAAAGAGUACAGUAGCAAGAUAAAAAAUUAUAUUAAGCAUAAACCUAAACAACAAAUAAACGUAUAACAACUAUUUUUUAAUUUUUUAUACCGUUAAGGAACUAUAUAUACUAAGUGACAUAUAAAUCCGAACAG